UAGGCAUGGAAAUCGAUGAACAAUGCGAAUGCAUCGCCCCUGGUUGCAAAAAAACACCGGGCGGCCGCGGCGCAUAUAGUUGUCCCAGCAUUGCCAACAGUCAACUGCUGGUGCUUGACUUUAACCAAACUUGGCUGUUCGAAACAUCACGGUUCAUUCAACAUUUUGUUCUCCAUUUUUGCACUGGUGGAGUUUGAAGCAAAACGUGACAACCAUCACAUGAGCCGGUUACGGUUUAAUUGGUGUGGCACAUGAACGGUGGAUGUGCCCUCCGGGUAGGCCUACACCUAUUGACAAGUCACUGACAAGCAAAGUCAAACACCUUUGAACUUGUAUCCUGUUGUCCCUUGUAGUUGUAUAGCACCGUGCUGUACUGUUUAAAGGAAUACCACAUACUCUUGUCGAGGAUCUUCCUCCCUGCCGUCGCCAUGGCCCAAGUUUCCGUCAGCAAACUGUCCGCGUCCACCCAGCGCAGCAGCGAGGCUCGAGGAGGUGGGCCCCUGGGAGGCACCCGUCCCCAGGCCCGCUACGAGUGUACCUACAAGAUGGAGCCCGACAAGAAGUUCAUGUCGCACCGUGCUGGCAACAUCAUCGAGGAUGUGCUGGAGGCGGAGCUACGGGAAGCCAAAUACGAGCCGGAGCGGAGCCAGAAUCUCUGCCGAUACCUCGCCGACACCAUCAAGAACAGAGUCAAGGAGUUGGACUUCGACCGGUACAAGAUUGUCGCCGUCGUGACCAUCGGCUCGCUCGACCAGAACGCCUCGUCUCUUGCUAGCCAGUGCGUCUGGAACGAGAAGUACGAUACUUACUCCGAGUUCACUUUCAAGAACGGGUCUCUGUAUGCUCUUGGAGUAGUGUACGGGAUUUAUCAAGAAUGAGGCUUUCCCGCCCCAGAAAACUGUUCUUUGUGUGUGGCUUGCUGCAAUGUUCUCGUCAGGAUGUUAUUUACGGUGCCAAGAAUAUAAGGUUUUGUGACGGCCAGCCUUUGCACCUGUCUCCAAAAGACAUCGGGCAGCCUUUACAUCUAAUAAGGCCGAUCAGUUUGAACUGAACAUUUGGCACUUUAUGAACCAAUUUAGCAGGUAUUAGUUUGUUUGGUUUUACUUGUUUUUAAGUGUGAUUCCUUAUUUUACUACCUUACAACUUGGAUCAAUCAAAUACAAAUCGUCCACGUUUUGACCUCAUACCGUCAUAAUUACGUGGUCGACAUAUAGGGCCUAAAUGCCCAAUUGUUUGGCCAAUAAUAGUUUUCCCACUGUUUGUUUUUGUAAUAACUUAGUAUUUGAUAAUUGUGAAUGUAUUUUACAAUUUAGGUUUGUCAUCAGUGUGUGUUAAUCAAAGUUGCAAUAACGCGCUAUUUUUUUUCACUUAGUAUUUUCCUAUAAAAGUUAUUCACUUUUGAAUGAGACAUCAAACGAAAAAAAAACCCCUUCACUGACGUUUAAGUUAUUGAAUUAUAUAAAUUCAAAUUAUUUGCGACCCCACAAUAAUUUGGCUUUCAAUUUCAUUUGUGCGCAAAAUGAACUUACCUUUUCAGGGGGUUGCACGUGCCCAAAAUCGGAACAAAGUUUUUUUUUUCCUUUAAAACAAAACAUACAAUAUAGGAGAGAAAAAAAUCUAUCAUUUGAAGAGCAUGGAGUAUGCAACCUUAAUAUCAUUAAAGUUGAGUACACAUCAAUCUAUAUGUAAAAUUAUGUAAGAAUCCAUGCAGAAACCAACGAUAUGUUUAUGUUUGCAGUGUGUACAGGCUUAUUCCUCAAAAGUAUUCUUAUCCGUAAGCCAUGACUCAAGUUUAUUUUCCAAGAUGAUUACAACACCUUAAAUCGUUUCUGUUUCACAAGAAACUCAGAAUGCAGUCCAAUGUUUGAAACUGAACAAUAAAUUCGUAAUAUGGUUUAUAUUUUUGUUUACAAUUUGAAAGAACGAAUACAAAGCAUUUUUAUUGAACUAAUCAAUCUUCAUCCUAAUUAUGUAGGCCUAAUUUGGUUCAACUUGCUCUAUUCGUUCAACAGAUUUGAAGUGUUAUAUACAAGAAAAGAACCCUGAUAUUAACGCCCAAUGUCAGUAGGCGUUUUCACGAGAAAAUGUUGUAUAAUAUCACUAUUAAAAAUAUAAUUAUAUGAUUUUGGUCAAGAACAUCCAUUAAGAUGCAAUUUACGCCCGUCACCGUGAGUAUAAAGAGGGUGACCAAACUUUGAAAUUGAAUGGUAAAUGACUAAUUUGGUUUUGUUAAAGGCGUGUGAAAUUUAAUGUUGAAGAUAUAUCGCCUCUAGUGAAAUAAAAUACUCGCCUUGAAAUCUAGUGAAACAUCGCCAAUACACAUCAUGCAGUCAUGUAGAGGCAGAUUAAAAGGGGAUUAUCUCAUCGACCGAUA